AGCUGGGUGAAGAAGAGACGUUCAGUAGCACACGUCCAACAACAACAGCAUAUUUGUUGAUGUGAAGUCAAACCCGAGGAAAUAACUUCUGCUUUUUCUAAGGCUGAUCUGAAGCUCUGGACCAGGACGGUUUGGUAGAAGACGAUGAUGGAACCAUUAAAGGAAAAUAUUUCCUUGCACAACUACUUCAUCUUCAGUGGCUUCAGUGAGCUUGGAGCUCUGAAAUCCUUCAUUUCGAUCCCCUUCUUGAUUCUGUUCUUUGUGUCUCUGUUUGCCAACUCCCUGCUGAUCUAUGUGGUCAUUUCACAGAGGAGCCUCCACUCCCCGAUGUACAUCCUCAUCGCCUGCUUGUCAUUUGUUGAUAUGUGCCUGCCACUGAUUCUCAUCCCCAACCUGUUGCUGAACGUCUUGUUCAACGCGAGCGGGAUCUCUCUGAGCGGCUGCCUGGUUCAGAUGUUUUUGAUUCACAUGUUAGGAGCUUGUCAGUCGGCUCUUCUGGUCUGGAUGGCGUUGGACCGAUACUUUGCCAUCUGCAGGCCCCUUUCCUACCAUGAUCACAUGUCUCUACCCAGAUUCCUCAGGUUUAUCAUCCCAAUUCUCAUCAGGGAUGUGAUCAUGGUGUCAGCGGUGGUGAUUCUGGCAGGUAAAGUGUUGUACUGCUUCAGGAAUGUGAUAAACCACUGUGUCUGUGAACACAUGGCCUUGGUGGAGUUGGGCUGUGGCAGCACAGCCAUCAACAGUCUGGUUGGGUUAUUAGGAGUCUUUGUGGUCACUGUAGUUGAUUUCUUGUGCAUCACCGCUUCAUAUAUAAUCAUAUUCCACUCUGUGCUGCGUUCAGGUAAAUCCAGUGCUAAAGCUGUACACACCUGCAUCACUCACAUCAUCGUCAUCGUCAUCGGUUUGGCCUUUACGCUCACGGCUUUCUUGGCGUAUCGGAUGAACAGUCUCCCAAACGCUGGUCGUGUUUUUGUCAGCAUCAUGUACCUGUUUCUUCCCAGCUGUAUAAACCCGAUCAUCUACGGAGUCAGAACCACUGAGAUUCGACAAAACAUCCUCAAAAUGCUGCCUUCUUAUCGGUAAAUAAGAACUAUGAAAUACUGUUCUAAAAUAAGACCACGAUCAUUCUGCUGCUGUUUUGUUUGGGAUCACUGAUCCGUUUGGACCAAACUUUAGCCGUUGAACAGAAUCACUCACAUUUAACUGAACAACAGAGGAGGUUGUGGCUCACUCAGUAGCUACAAGAUCCUUAAAUGACAAAAAAGCUCAAAUCACUGGUUUUUCACCAUACUUGAUAUACACAUAUAUAGACAAUAAUGGGUCAAAUGAAC